CUAAAGUACAUGUUGAAGUCGCGUGACUGCGCGUUGCCACUCGGGACAAUGUUACCUGGUACAGUCCGCGUCCCGCACGCGUCUGACUUUGUAUGAAGUCAUUCGAUUUCUUUCUUCACAUAAUCCAUAAAACCCCCUUCUUUUCCCUCAUGAAACUGGCCAAAGAUGGACUGCCCCUUGUAAUGGAUACUAGAGAAUAAUAAUGGAUGCUUUUGUCAAGAGAUCGAAGUCAACCAAAGUUCGGAAUUUGAAGGAGCCUCCAUCCAAAAGGGUCAAAAGAGAAGUCUGCGAUAGCAAUGAAGAUUCAGAUCAAGACAUUGAGUCGGAUUACGCUGCAUUGAAGUCAUUGCCAAAAUUGCGAAGGGUCGACACAGCAGCUUCAGAACCUGGCGAUGAUGAAACACCGCAAUUGUCAGAAUCCGAGGAUAAUCCGACUCGAAGGACUGCUAUUGAGAACUCACUUCCGGAGAUCAAGCCAGACAAAGAAGCCCUCGAGGAAUAUCAAAACUUCAAAGCAUCUCAAGAGGACGAAGAUAAUGCCAAUGUAGAUGCUGCGUCGAGACUCGAAUCGAGGAAAUGGGUAAGAGGCAAGACCUCUCUUUACGUCGAUGCUUUCAACCUCGCUCUUAGUACAGUAUUAGAUGAAGAAUCUCACCUAUUUGACGAGAAAGAGCUGUACAUCUUCGACCAGUGGAAAAAAUCAAGUUACGAGGCUCAAUUCUUAUAUGUACGACUAUUCCUCAGAAAGGCAGCAACAUGGCACCGGAUAGCCCGUUUGCGUUACUACGAUGAUAUUCAGGACACCGAGGCUGCUGUAAAGGAGUUACAGAGAAAUAGAGAUAUACCAUCUGGACCUACGGACUCUCCGUCCGGUAUUGAACCAGAUCUUGAUUCCUUAGCCCAAGAUCAAUGCGUUUUCGGGACUAGUUUCACGUUUGCAGAUACGUCGAAUUCGUUGAUUACAAGUGUAGAAGAGGCUAUUACGCUUCUUAGCUUAGACGAGGUCAAGACCCUGGCUAAAGAAGCUAAAGUGCACGGCAAAAAUAAGGCCGAGCUUGCUAAAGCUAUAUGUAGAACGAGCAGUCAGCAACUCGGCCUCCUCUCAUUAGGUCUCCGGCGAUCUAGCACUGUUGAUUCUGCCAACUCGUCAGGACGGGGUACUCCCGAGAUAGAUGCUCCAAGUCCAGGUCUCGGCGAGGACUCGAACAGGAGAAAACAUUUCCUAGACAAGAUACUCGCUAUAGCCGGACCCUGCAUACGGCUAUCCCUUCCCGUUUUCAAGUUGUUUGAAAGAGUUCAUCUGGUCUUCUAUCGCUCCACGCAAUGGACAGAGAAGUCUCUGACCACAAUUAUUCUUGCAAAAAUCUCGAGACGCAAUUUCCCCAAAUAUAUUGUUAGCAGAUCAGCCAACAUAUUCGCAUCUAGAUCUCAGUUGCUAGAGUUUGAAGCAGCUAUGCGGACUGAGUAUGCGGUUGAUAAUAUCUUAGAGUCAUAUGGACCCGUUACGGAAGGAGACUUUCAGAAAAUCAUAGACAUCUUUGAAGAGAUAUACCCACGAUGGAAAGCCUUAUUGCAAGAAGAACAGGAGAAAGAGGAGAGGAUAUAUGAGUCAGGCGAAGGCGCAUACUUAAGACGGCUCAAUCCUGCCCAUCCAUAUACUCGGGUCGUGCAUAAAACUGCGUACGUCUUUGGCCGAUUAAAAGAGCAUAGCCGCGAGCACUCUUUAUUGACUGAGCUACUUGCCCAACGUCUAUUCCAUUUAGCUCGUCGAGGCUCGUGGUAUCAACGAAAGGCGCUCUUGGAAGAGCAUUAUAUGUACGCGCUGGAGUCCGAUCCAGCUUAUAAGGAUACAGAGAUGCAAAAGAAGCAUUGGAGACGAAUCGCGGCAAUAACCUGCGAGACUGCCUUGGAGGAUCGAGAUUGCCAUCUCAUAUAUCAUUACGAUAUACAGAAACGGCUAGUCAAGCUCGAGAAGCAACUCAAAAUUCCCAAGCGUCAGCAGCAUGACUUUGGGCAUGUGAGGUUGCAAAAGCCAGAAGAGCAUUUUGUUGAAGGUAUCCAAGUGAAGAAAGACAACGUGGUGGGUAAGAAAGGGCGAGCGGCGAGCACGAAGACGAUCUGGGUAGACGAGGGCGAAGGAGAAGACGAAGGAGAGUGCAGCGUGGAAGCCAUGUGCCUGAGCUGGUAUAGAAGUCAGGGCUGGAAAGGUUAUCAUGCCGAAGGAGGCAUCAUAAGAACCUUGUUCGCGUACCUUUUCUUCGACAUUCUUUUCCUUUACAUACCUAACGUGUUUCAAACGGCAUAUCAAAUGUGCCCCCUAGACUUACAUACAGACGCCUUCUACCCAACCAGGGCUUCCGAAAUCAACUAUCGCCUUGUCGAGAUUGCAAACGGCGGGGCGGCGAAGCUAAUCGAGGAGGUGAAUCGACGGGAGCGAGAAAAUCGCACGUGCGUCGUAGGUCUCAACUGGGACUAUGAGCUGGAUGACCUCUUGGAGCUGGCCAGGUGCUUCGACGGCGCGGCCCUGGCUUCGAUUUGCAAAGUCAUGGCACAGGAGUAUGGGCAGAGGGGCGGCGGUAUCCCGGACCUGAUUCUGUGGAGGACAGAGCCGCGCGAGGAAGUUAUGUUCGCCGAGGUCAAGAGCGCCAACGACCGCCUCAGUGACACCCAAAGACUAUGGAACCACGUCCUCACUGGUGCCGGCGUAAAGGUGGCUCUGUGCAAUGCUGUAGCUAAGGAGGUAAGAGAGGUUUGAUGGCGCUGCAUAAAGAAGCCAUUCCGGUGGCCCGCGGGUGUACAACAGCACAUGCCUAGCUCACGAAGCAACUUACCUGUUUUGUUAGCAGCAGGCUGUGAGCUCGGCGCGGAUACGGAUGGCGAGAAGCCAAUGAAACGAAGACAUGCCCGAAACUACAUGUCACAGCUCGGUCUAGGGUCCAUGAUCUUCUGUCGUGGUUUCUUUAGCGACCCUUCUUGUGGCGUUCGCGUGGCGGGGAUGAUGAGAGUGCAUAUUU